AUGCUCAUCCAAGUCCUUACGCAUGUCUUGAUAGAAUCCCACUUACCAAGUCACGACUUCGAUUUCUACCAGGGGAAUAGUCCGCAGCCUUUACGCGUCCUGCUCUUGACGCCAUCUUCCCUAGGCUCUGAGAACAAGAAACAAACUAUUUCUCGGCUAAACGAUCUCUCUGUAUCCAUGCUGUGCUCACCUGGAAGAUGCAUCAUUGCUCUCCUCCUUUCCGAACAACCAUUCAACAGUGCAACGGGAAAAUAUAAUCUAGACGUACUAUUGUCCCUCCAGAUACUAACCACGGAAACUCUAUCUACGUCCGUUCCUAUACUUCCUAUUCCCGACUCAUCCAGCUUUCUUGCGAGUAUAAGAGAAUACAUGGGUAAUCUUGUGGAUAUCCCGGUGCAGGAUUCUUCUGUGGCGGAUUCCAUCAAUCUUUUGGCUCAUGCUCAUUCCGAUGACGCUGUAAACCUGUCAGAGCAUGACAUUAACAUCCUGAGCGAUUUGUUUCCAUCCCUAAAAGCCGUGGGUCAGGCUGUGCGCACACCUGAGGGGCAGGAGAUUCUAUAUGAUUAUCUGGGUGAAAGAAAGGCAAGAGGUAUAACAAAAUUCUGGGAGAAUGACAGGGUAUAUGAGUGA